AUGUCGCGCCUAAGCUUAUUGUUUCUAUGGCUCAUUUCAAUUAUUCGGUUAGCAUCCGCAACGGCUCUUACUACUACAAAGGCAAUAACAGCAGCAAAAUCCAAAAGUUCUUCCUCGGCGGUUGCUCCAUUUCCUGUGCUAGCGGUAGGCAAGGAUGGUAGGGGAAACUACUUCGUGAAUAGCACAUUCGGCACACCUAGUCAGCCCCAGCGGUUGGCGAUAGAUAUCAUCCAGCCAUACAUAAACCUGGUUUCUGGAAUGAAUGAAAGCCGCUGUGGAAUCGCUGAUGCAUGUCGUAACGCUCCCCAUUAUUUCAUGAACGAAUCGACAUCUUCUACUCCUGUUUCUCCGGGUCAAAUAUACGAGCUAUUUUUCGUUGAUGGUAGAGUCCUCAAUUGUACUUUGGUAACAGACAAUAUGAACUUCACGAAUGUUUCAGCAGAAAACGCUUCUGCUUCCUCGGUAAAGGAUUUAAAUGAGAAACGAGAUAGUGUGCAAUUUGGUUCAGGAAGUCUAUCGAUUUCAAACGUUUCGUUCUUCAACAUCGAAUCGUCGAACUUUGGGACGGCAGGUAUGCUAGGUCUGGGGGGGAAGAUCGCAAACCCAGGUACCGAGUAUGAUAGCUCACAGUUUACAGAGACCUCUUUUUUCCUAUCUCUUUUGAACAAUGCAGGCAUCAUUGAAUGCCCGUCGUAUUCGUUGUGGUUGGCUGGGGAUACUUCCACAUAUCAGUCAUAUAAAGAGUCUAUACCCGAUUGUGGGAAAUUGCUUCUCGGGGGAGUGGACCCAUCGUUGUUCACUGGUACAUUGGGGAAAUUCGAUUUGAUACCAUAUGUUGAUCCAGCGAGUAAUGCCGUAAGUAUUGGGUAUCCAAUUAUACCGUUGGGCCCAAUUUAUAUCAUAUCGAACAGUGGACAAAGUAUGAAUAUGACUUCUAAGGAUUUCUUGAGCCCUGUGUUACUGGACUCCACCUCUUCAGUUAGUUAUUUGCCAACCAGUACAAUCAUUCAAAUCGCUGUUCAAAUCGCAGCCACGUAUGUGGAAUCCCUAGACAGAUGGUUAGUCCAGUGCUCUAUGGCGGAUAUGGGUGUAACUUUAGGUUUUAUGUUUCGAGCAUUGAAAAUCGAAAUUCCUCUAAGUGAUUUGUUGUCAUCCACUUACGACACAACCACUAAUUCUUCGAUGUUUUUCAGUUCGGGGGAAGAAGCAUGCUUCUUAACGCUAUAUGCCAAUACAAACACGGGAGUAAACAUUCUCGGAGAGGCUUUCAUGAAGAACAUUUACAUGGCAAUGAACUUGGAUGACAACACCAUAGCCAUUGCACAGGCAAAAAAGAUAGAAGGUGGUGCUAUUACUGAUGAAGCAAGUGAAACCAACGCAUCCUCUGCAUACUCUGUUAUCAAGAAAAUUAGGUCCGGUUACAUUCCUUACGCAAAGACGAUGAAUAGUACUAAUACAAAGAACAUGACUCUUUACCCAUCUUACAAAUCCGGCUAUAUGUUUACGGUCCCAGGUCAGUUGACAGCGGCGUACUCAGAUGGUGUGAUUGCGGGUGCAGGUAGGUCAUUUUAUGAUACUUCGAGAUCGACUACAACUACUAAAUCGUCCAGUAGUCUAUUUGACAGUUUUUCUGUUUCAGCCUCAGAUGACUGUGCACUAAAUUCAAGUAAUAAAACCAGCACCUUUUCAGGGAGGGCUGUCCGCUUGAGUAACCCCUAUAUAUCGAAACAUGAUUCAGUAGGAUUUGUGGCUCGUGUGGCUUCAUUGAUACUACUAUCAGUAUUCUCCGUACUAAUACUUCUAUAG